AUGUCUUCGUUCUUCUCUCUCAUCCCUGACUUGCUGCCGAUGAUCAUGCCGUCGGAAGUCCAUGUCACCAAGGCAUCCGAUCUCGAAGCCACCAGGAGGGCGAAUGACGAUGUGAUGAUUCGUCAGGGCGCCGUGAUCGGCAAGAGUGACAAGAUGUGUGCCUCUGUCUUGACAGCCAAGCCUAACUGUUCAUCCGCCGUGCAUCAUCACGGCGAGCAAGAAACUAUCAUCUAUGCUGCCUCGGGCAAGGGUAUCUUGGUUACCAGCCCUGGUAACGAGGAGGACCUGAAGCGACAUGAGCUGUCACCUGGUGACUUUGCCUUCAUCCCUCCAUGGACAGAACACCAGGAAAUAAACGAAACCGACGAGACCCUCGUCUGGAUUCUCAUUCGCAGCGGUCCUGAGCCAGUGGUCGUCUACCUGACUGGCUGGGGAGGGGACGAAGCGCAGGCUGAUUAA